UAAAGGGAACUGAAAAAUCCCCCCACAAUGCAUUUCACAAGACGGGCACCUGCACGAUUAAACAAAACUUUGUUUGUAUCUUAGUAAACCACAAGUUUGAUGUCAAGAGAACAACUGAGCUAUUUCUAAAAGAGCUUUUCCUCUCCUUGCCAAAAUUUAGUUUUUGAUUUUAAAUUGCAAGUGAAUAAUCAGUGAUCAGAAGUUGAUUUGUUGAGUAACGAACGACGCCAACAUGGCCGUCUUGCGACAGACGAAUACGAAGUUGGCACUAUAUCAGCAGGAAAAUGCAUUGUUUACUUGUGACAACAUUGUCAUCAUGUACUCAUCUCAUUUAUAAUUCCAUGUUAGUUAAAAAUACGAACUGAAAACUAUAAUAGAUUAUAACAAGGACAUGAUUCUUCGUGAAUCACAUAAAAUUGACAGGAAAAAUAUUGACAUUAUUCAUAAUGUCUUUCAAACAAAAUAAUACAAAAGAAAAGAAAAAAGCUAGAAUAUAUUGCAAUAGAUAUGAAACUAUUAAGCGACUUGGGAAAGGGAACUUUGGAACAGCUUUCUUAGUACGAGAUCGUCGACUGAAAACCAGAGUAGCAGAAGGAGAAUCAGAUUUGAAAGUUUUAAAGGAGAUAUCUGUAGGAGAGCUAGCUCCUGAUGAAACUGUAGAUGCAGUAAAUGAAGCUAAAGUCUUGUCUAAACUGAAUCACCCAGGGAUUGUUAAAUUCCAUGACAGUUUUAUAGAUGGAGAAUCAUUCUGUAUUGUAACAGAAUACUGUGAGGGUGGUGAUUUAGAUGCUAAAAUAAAUGAAUUAGCCAAGUCAAAGAAAAGCUUAGAAGAGAAAACAAUAUUAGAUUGGUUUGUACAGUUAGUGUUAGCUGUGCACUAUAUGCAUACAAGAAGAAUUCUACAUAGAGAUCUUAAAUCAAGGAAUAUCUUUUUGAAAGGAAAUAUGGUAAAAAUAGGAGAUUUUGGUAUAUCUAAAAUCUUAAUGGGAACAGCUGACCUUGCCUCUACCUUUACAGGGACACCAUAUUAUAUGAGUCCUGAGGUUCUUAAGCAUGAAGGUUACAACUCUAAAUCUGAUGUUUGGUCCAUAGGUUGUAUAUUAUAUGAGAUGUGUACUUUAUCCCAUGCCUUUGAUGGGAAGAGUUUGAUGGCUGUAAUGUAUAAAAUUGUGGAGGGAGAUCCUCCUAAACUACCAGAUACAUAUUCAAGUGAAAUUAGCAGGCUAUUAAAUAUAAUGUUACAGAGAGAUCCAGAGAAAAGACCAUCAGCAACAGAUUUAUUAAAAGAAACAUUAUUAGCCAGUCAUAUUGCUAAAAUGUCCAAAGACUAUCAAUCUAGACAUACAGAUCAUGCUACUAAAGAUGCUGAAGAAAUCGCUAAAUUACUAAAGCAAAAAUCAAGACUGAAAGAUUUACAAGAGAAGGAAGAAGAUCAGAAAUGGAAGAACUUACCUCCGAGAGAAAGAAUGAGGAUCAGAAAACAACAGCAAGCUGACCAAGAAGCUGAAAGAUUAAGGGAAUCUGCCAAAUUACAGCUGUCUGAAAAUAUACAAAGAAAAAACCAGAUUCAGAAAACCUUACACAUGCAAUCAGUACCAGCAUGGGCUGGUGGCUCAGGAGAAGGAGAGAAAUUCAGAGAGGCAUUAACGGUCGUCCGUGAAGAUGACAAGACCAUUAAACCAAGUAAAGACUUUGGAACUAGAUCUGCACCAUUGUUUAUUCAGCAUGAAAUAACAGAAUCCAGUGACGAAGAAGGGGAGACAAUCAAAUCACGAACAUUAACUGGUGCUGAGAUACACCAUACUUUACUGAACUUUAAACCUGAAGACCGACCCAUUACACCGCUAAGAGACAAGAUGAUAUAUGAUCUCGCCAAUUCUUCUUUAGAUUUUAAAGAUGGUAUACCUGACAAUCCAGAAGUAGCAGAUACAUUUUAUUCUCAAUAUGAAGAUUUUGAUAAAUCAUCAGAUUCUGAUGAAGAGAUGGGAACUGUCAUACACAGAAACUCAGAACAGGGUACAAUUGUGCCUAACUCAAUAUCUACCACUGUCGGAGAGGAAGGCCAGUUCUAUGAACUUUUAAAGGAUGUCCUUGAUAAAGGAGAGGAUGCAGAAUCCACCCUGACAUUUCAAGAGGAUCAUGAAGCAGGAGCAUUUGGACCUGUUGUUAGAGAGCAGAAAAUAAAAAAUCUCAGGGCUGAAUGUCAAAAAUAUCUUGGAGAAGAAGCAUUUGAAAAGGCAUAUACCUACCUGAAGAAAGCAAGAUAUGAAAAACAAAAUUCCCUGGAUUCAGCUGAAGAAGACAUUAUGCAAGGACUAAGAAAAUUUGUUAAAAAUCCCAGUGAUUGUUUCUUAGUGGACCAAUUGUUAUUUUUAGAGGAACAAGCAAAAAUAAGUAAAGGAUGAUUUUAAGAUUUUUUAUUGGACCAAAUCAUAUUAUAUAUGAGGGUAUAAAAACCAUGAAAUGAUUGGUGAUAAACUAGAGAUCUGGAUUAAUUGCAAAAUGUAAAAGACUGUGAUUGGUUUUAAAAGGUUGUGCAAAACUAUACUGCUGAUAAUUGUACCUUUGGAUAAUGAUCUAUUUAUAGAAAUAAGACAAUACAAUUAUGUCCAAGACAAUUCUUGUUUGUUUUGUUGGAAUUAGAUUCCAAGAACAUUCAGCCCCUAAUAAAAUGUAUAGGAUUUAAAAUAGUUAACUAAGUACAACUUAUUAUGUACUAACAAGGGCUUCUACCUUUAAAAUUUUUUGUUGUAUGCAGAAAGAAUAGAAUGAUGUAAAUAGGGUUACUGUUUGGUAGAAUUUCUAUUUUUGACACAAUCCCCACUGAAAAAAUUGAUAAGAUUAAGUUGUAUAUUGCUGUUUAGAAAAUAAGGCAUUUAGAAAUAAGCAUUAUUCAUUAUAAUUGUAACUCCCAACAUUUGCUGAGGUUAUUCUAUUCCUGUUUCAUGAGUGAAUAUGCAUCAUCUCCCUUUGCCUAACAUGUGGCUGGUAUGAGACUAAAUGUAGUUUAAUAUUUUAUAUUUGAAAAGCACCUUAUGUGAGAUUUAUGUGAACUGACAGCAACCCCCCCAUAAAAAUAUGUUUAACAGAGGUUAUCAAAGAAAUGCCAUUGACACAAAAAUCACAGAAAACAUUAAGAUGUAGCUAAAGAAAACCAUUAACAAAGUUCAUAACUUGUCAUAAACAUGUGGCAAGUAUUAACUACAUUUUUUAGGUUCUAAAUUUUUUCCUUUUUGAGGGAAAAGAAUUGGCAGAUCCAAAGUUUUUUUUAACCAGCAAAUACUUAUAAUCAUAUGAUAAUCAGAAAUUACUCUUAUAUAUAUUUAGGGAAACAUAUGAAUAUGAAAACACUUCUUGCCAGUCGCUGUAGAAACGGUAUGAGAUUUUUUCCUACCUCACCACAAAAUGUCAGAUCAGUAAAUUUUUGGGAUAUAUUUUACAAUAUAUUUUAUGAUUUAUGUUGUGAAAUAAUAUGUAGCACAUAAAUCAGUCCAAUUCCAAAAACAUUCCAACCAUAGCAUUAUAGUGAUACAUUUUUGUAGUAUUAUACGCUGUCAUUCCAUUUGUAUAAUUGUUUAUACUAACCUGUACAAAAUUACACCAAUCAACGUUGUUUUUAUGGACAUCAAUUAUUAUACACUUGAUGUGUAAAUGUGGAUUGUUAACCUGGUCGAUGAGUGUAGUUUAAAUAUUAUGUUGCGUUACUUUUCACAUUAGUUUACAUCUGGGCCCAUUAUGGUUGUAAAUUUUGUUUAUCAGUUAGGAUUUUACAUUUUUAAAGUAAAUAUUUAGCAAGGAUUAUACUAUGAAUAAAGAUUAAGCAAUGAUUUUACUAAAGUGAAGAUUUAGCAAUUAUUUAACUUAAAGUAAAGGUUAAGCAAGAAUUUUACUCCUAAUGAUAUAAACAAAAUAUUAAAAAAUACCAAAAGGUGUAUCUGUUUCUUUUACAGAAAACUGUUUACAAGGAAAAGAUAACUCAAAUAAAAAAAAAAACAGAAAUUGAAAAGGUGAAUAAAUGUGAAAAGUAAUGUAACAAAUGUUUUGUCAUACACUGUUAUUAUAAGUUCCUACUUAGUUAAAUAAUUUAUUAGUUUUAUAAUGUUGUUGAGAAUAUAUUUUUGUUACUUAAUGGUUUUUUUACAAGCAAUGUGUUUAAUAUAGUAUGUUUUAUUUAUGUAUAUAGUUUUCAUGAGUAUUUAUAUAUUUUUGACGUUAGUAGUUCUCAAUCAAAGAACUUAUUUUGUGAUGAGUCAGUAAGUUGCUAGAGUUAUGUAUAAAUUGUUUGAAUGAGCUAGCAAGAGAAGCACUGCAAAUGGGUUACAAUGAAUUGUUUUCAUUUUCUCUCUAGUGAUGUUGCCAUUUGCUGAAAUGCAUGACUCCAAUUCUAAACAGAUUAUGUAUUUUAGAUAUACAUAAUAUAGGAAAAACAAAAGCUAUCAGAAUUACAGAAAAAUAUAAAUGGAUAAAACUCUUUCAAAUAUUUUAAGAUUUUAAAUGAUAAUAAUAAAGUGAUUUUUAUAGAUUUCAUUGAGAUUAAUUGAACAUAUUUCCAAUAGGACCAUGCUGUUUGGAUCUAUACAUUAAAGCUUGCUGCUCUUGUGAGCCAUGGCUCUGUGUUGAAGACUACUUUGACCUAUAAUGAUUUACUUUUACUUACAUUUUGUGACUUGGAUGAAGAGUUGUCUCAUAGGCACUCAUAACACAUCUUCUUAUAUCUAUUAACAAAAUUCCCAAUAUUUCAUAUUAUCAUCAGUAUUGUAACUCUUAGAGAUUUUAGAAAUAGAAAAGGGAUAUUUCUGCUGUGUCAGAAAAUCAGGUUAGUUUUUAGAUGAUCCACUAUUUGUUUCUAAUUGUACAUUUUAUUUGACAGUCAACUUCAUGGGUUUAAAUGCAGCAUCUUACAUUGGUGGUUGAUUGUUCGACAGUACAUUAUGUAACAUCAAAGUCACAUGAGAACCAUUUUGGUGGUCAGUAAUAUUUAAUUUUCUUUUUUAUUUCUCUCAAAGUAUAAUUUCUGGCAUAAUAUACAUACCAUUUUAGCAUGACAUAGAAUGUUUGAGAUGUGCCACAGCAAUAUAUAGUGAAUAGUUAGAAUUUGAAUUGAGUAUUAGUUGAUAAGUACCAAGAAAUAGGUAGUAAACAUAUCAUAAAGAAACCAAACUAACAAAUAGUUUAAAAACCUGUACUUACUAAACCUUGCACACAUUAUGGUUUUCAAAACAUGGAUAGAACAAUGUGUAGUAUUGUGAUCUUAUCAGAAUUAACAUUGUAUGUUGCUGGACAAUUCUGUUUCAGAUUGGAACACAUUUUUAACUGUUAAUUCUUGAUUCUUGUUGAGAUAUUUUUUCUUAAUACUUUAAACAUUUCCAUAUCGACUAGAUUUUUUAGUAAAAAGUUCUAUUUCUUUAUAGAUUUUGCAACAUUUCUAUUUAAACUGGCAAGUUAAAAGCCAAUUUAAGGUCUGUUUGAGAGUUUAUAUUCAAUUCUGCUUAAUUUAUUUCUUAUUUGUGUUUGUAUAUGCAACUUGUGUUCAUUUUCUUUAAAUGUUGAUAUAAUUUAGCAUAUGUAUGAAGUGUGAUAUGUGUAUUUUUAAAUGCUGAGUGUUAUGCUUUUUGCAAACCAUUGCAGCAGCAGUGGGUAGUAAGAGUCCUUAUCUUUUAUGGGUAUAUAUAUAUUUUGUAUGUGCAAACAGUAGCAUAAACGAACCUCAGAUGCUUAUGAUUUUAUAAAUCAAAAGUUGUGGUGUAUUUAGUUAAUUGGGUGUAAAAAUGGAAUAAUGACGCGGUAUGAUUGCAAAAUGAGAAAACUCUCCACCAGAGAGCAAAUACUUACAAAUUAGCUUUAUUGGUAACUGUAGGGUCUUCAGCAAUGAGCAAAAAAAAAAAUACAAAGGACCAUAUUCAUACACUUUAAAAAGUAAUUUGCAGAAAGAAUAGUAUGCAAAUUGUAAAUAAAUUUGAAAUUUUUUACAUAGAGACAUUUAGGACUUACAGUAUGCACCAAUUUUUUUUUAGCCUAUUUUCCCUCUUUUUCUAAUAAAAUAUUAAUAUACAAGGAGUGAGAAGAGUAAAGGAUAAGUUACAGGGUAAAAAAAGGAGAUUAGAUUCUUUUGAGGUUUGAGCACAAUUUUUAUUAACAUGAAGAAGCACAGGGCAUUUUAGAAAUGUUUAACAAUUAGGCAGACUAUAUAUAAAUAACAUUCCUUUGACAUAUACGAGUGUGUUCUUUUAUCAUAAAUAUAAAUACAUUUCAUAAAAAAUAAUAAACAAUACUUCAAUGUG